GGCUAGCCUUUGGUUUGCGGAGCGGUCGGGUGUAUUCCCCACUCACCCCAGCGCCCUCGAGGGCCCCGCCGCCCGACCCAACGGCGGAGCCGGCCAGCACCUCCCGUGGCUUCCUCCGGCACCGGAUCGCUCCUCUCUGGGGCGGAACCUGGCCCGGCGGCUCCGGUCACUAUGAGUGAAACAUCGUUCAAUCUCAUAUCCGAAAAAUGCGACAUCCUCUCCAUUCUUCGGGACCAUCCUGAAAACAGGAUUUACCAGAGGAAAAUCCAGGAACUCAGCAAACGGUUCACAGCGAUCCGCAAGACCAAAGGGGAUGGCAACUGCUUCUACCGGGCCUUGGGCUACUCCUACCUGGAGUCCCUGCUGGGCAAGGGCAGGGAGAUCCUCAGGUUCAAGGAACGUGUCCUGCAGACCCCAAAUGACCUGCUGGCCGCUGGCUUCGAGGAGCACAAGUUCCGGAACUUCUUCAACGCUUUCCACAGCGUGGUGGAGCUGGUGGAGAAAGACGGCUCGGUGUCCAGCCUGCUGAAGGUGUUCAACGACCAGGGCGCCUCGGACCGCAUCGUGCAGUUCCUGCGCCUGCUCACGUCCGCCUUCAUCAGGAACCGCGCCGACUUCUUCCGCCACUUCAUCGACGAGGAGAUGGACAUCAAGGAUUUCUGCACUCACGAAGUGGAGCCCAUGGCCAUGGAGUGUGACCACAUCCAGAUCACAGCCCUGUCCCAGGCACUGAACAUCGCCCUGCAGGUGGAGUACGUGGACGAGAUGGACACGGCCCUGAACCACCACGUGUUCCCCGAGGCUGCCGCCCCCUCCGUUUACCUGCUCUAUAAAACAUCCCACUACAACAUCCUUUACGCAGCCGAUAAACAUUGAUUAUUUAGGCCAUGCAGUGGAACCUGCCACCUAACGGGACUGCAUUCUGUGUGGAACGUUUCGGCUUUUCAAUUUUUUAAGCGAUUUAGACUGUAGCAAGAAAACGUACAGCCUUUUGGCAGAGCCACGGGGACGGAGGCCUAACCCGCUGCGGACAGUGGUACUUGGUGCUGUGUUUAGUAUUUAUUUUGACGGAGGAUCCAAUGCCUUCUUACCGUGGACCAGGAAGCCAGGGCCCCUGGCUACACACCUGUCCCUGUGACACCCUGGACAGGUCACCCGCCCUCUGUGCACCUGUUUCUUCCUCAGGAGGCUCCUGCCAGAACUGACCUCCUAGGGCAUAAAACCAAGGGUCUCUGGUUUCUGCUCCCCAGGGGUAGGGUCCGUCCGUAGGGGAGCAAAGGCUCGGGGGCCACCGUCUGGCUUCACGUGACCACCAGGUCGACAGGGAGAGUUGCCAGGCUGGCCCUGGUGGACGGCUGACCCGAGUGCGGCCUGUUGAGGUCAGCUUCGUUAGGAGAGCUUCCGUGUGGUUCCACACGCUUAUGCCGGGCGUGUUUCCCCACCAUCUCCUAAGCUUUUAUGCCAAAGUUCAGAAAGGGGUCUUGAGCAUGAAGUUCAAGUUGCUGGGGUCCCCACUACCUAUCUCAGGGCUGGAACUGCCUAGACAAAGGCUGGAGCAAGAGCAGGGGCUGGCCCCGGACGCUGCAGCUCUCCAACAAAUCCUGAUCGUACAGUCCGGGUGCUCAGCUGGGUGCAGCACCCGCAGCCGCUCACACAGCCGAGCUGAGCAGAGCUGUGCAGAUGUUGGCAGGCUGUCCUAUGUGGCUUCUUUCCCUCUUCUGCCGCCUUCGUGGGCUGGCAAGAGGUUAGCCAGGAAAGAACAGACAAGCUCUGGGGAUCGGCAGAGGGGGCCGUGCCCGUGGCGGAGCCCGCCUGAGGGCCACGCCCCUGAGCUGACCUCAUCUUGCUGCCUCAGGCCUCCGUCGUGCGCUGGGGGCGAGAUGGCAGCAGUGGGGGCCCGCGCUGGCUGGGCGGAGGCACUGCUAGCCGUCUCUCCUCUGCAGGGGGGAAUGGCAGGUCCAGGGUGCGAGCUGCCUCUGGGCUGCUUCCUGGACUGACCACCUUCUCACAGGUUUCAUCCUGCAGGCAUUUCCUGGAGUUAUUGGUGCUACUGCGAGUCCGCUGGCGGCCGGCCUGUGGACGGACCCCAGGGUCCCGCGGACUCAGAUCCCUGUGUCACCCUGCCUUACUGAAAACCAGUAGCCGUCUUAGACGUGAGGGUGCUCUACUCCAGCAGGGGCCUGGCUCCCACACGGCCCUUGGCUGGAACUCUCCCGUUCCCCACAGCGAUGUGUAGCUGGGCCUCACCUCUGACUCUGCCCGUGGCCCACCCCGCCCUGGAUCGGAGUGCUGCAGCCCGCGACGGGCGCCCUGGGGGAGUGGGGGCCCGUGUCCUGUGUCCUUGCCAGACCAGCCUCAGAGCACUAUUUCCCGUCUGAAGGGGGUGAACGUCCAGGUGCCCGCCCGAGGCCCUGGGCUCUGCCGAGGGCUCGCUAGUGCUCCUCCGGGCGGCUCUGGAGCUGCCAUCUCUCAGCACCGCGUGGUGGCCGGUGCUCCCCAAAGCAGAGCUCACGCUCUGGCAGACCAACCGACACGCUUCCUCUGGGGCUUCUCCUGGGCUGUGCUUCCGGGCCAGAGCCCGCCCCCACUCCGAUGCUGGGAGGGGUCCCCCCAGUUUGGGGCCAGGAUGCCAGGCCCUGGCUGAGGCAGGUUACGCUCCUCUCCCCGUUCACAGAACCUUCGCCCUCGUUCCCUCCACAUGUGCACUGCUGUACCCCGAAGCGCAGCUCUGUCGGGAGAGGACGGGACUUGGGGACUGGAUGAACGCAGUCACUGCCAGUGCCCCACUGGUGCUCGCUCUCCUCUCCGCUCUCCGUCCUCAAGCGCAGAGCCCUCGCUUUCCAGACCAAAAGCUGGGAGCCAACUUCCUGUAAGAGCCUGUCUUUAUGGCUUUUUUCCCAAAGGAAACUUUGUAAACCAACAGGAAGAGCACUGGCCUUGUUUAUGACUGGGUUCCUAUUUUAAGCACCAAGAAAGGGGUUCUGGAGCCAGACCAGCCAGGUUCCAAUCUCCAGCUUUGCCACUUCCUCUGCGUGGCCUUGGCCAAGUCACUUGACCUCGCUGAGCCCCAGUCCCACCUGUGAAAUGGAGACAGUACCUCCACAUCCCAGAAUUACGAGUGAAAGCUGAGCCACGUUGGCAGUGCCUCUGCGGCUUCCCGGACAGCGGGGCUGCCAGGGAGACCAUCAGACGAGUCCAAGAGGCAAACACGUUGCCACCUGAGCAGGAAGGGGGCACGAUGGGGCUGUGGGAUGUGGGCCAAACCCUACAGCCGCCCUGUGCAGCUGGGGAAACAUUUUCCUAGCAUUAAAAUGG